AUGUCCCUUCUCGAAGAGUCGUUCGAGGCGCCCGCGCCCGCGCUCGCGCCACUGUCCGCAGCGCCACCAACCCCGAUUCAGACGUUCCAACUGCGCCGUGAGAUCGGCGGCCUGCCAACUGAACUCGUCCUCCAGACCUUUGACGACCGCAUUUUCGUCGUUGUGACGCAGAGCGGUAAGGUUGGAUGUCUCACACAAGCGUCCCUGCCCCCAGUGCACCAGCUCCUGGCACCGCCGGCAAGCGCACCCGGCGACGCAAAGCUCGCGGCCCUUCCACCCCCUCCAGCUAGUAUCGCACUCACGCCCCUCCUCGGAAGCCCGCCGGACGCGGCACUGCACGAUCUCUACGUGUCACAGAUCGCUACGCUCGUGUGGUGGGCCCUCCAACUAGUGCAUGCGCCGCGCCGCGCUGUCGUUGUUGGCCUUGCUCUCAAGCGUAUUGGGGAGGGCGUCACCGACGAAGAGCGCGCGCGCUUCGGCGGUGUCAUGGAUAUGGUGGCGGCAUGGCCCGGGCCUCAACAGAGCUCGAGAUAG